AUGGCAGGGUUAUCUUCCAAGUCUUUUGCUCUCCUUCUUCUUGCCAUGAGUUUCUACAUAAACUCUAGCUUUGCCGCUAGAAUCACCCCACACAGCAGCACAGAAUUCAUAAGAAAAUCUUGUACCGCAACAACUUAUCCAAAACUUUGCUAUACUUCCCUCUCCAUCCAUUCAAGCGCAAUCCAAACCAGCCCUAAGCUCCUAGCAAAUGCCGCCCUUAAUGUAACACUAUCAUCAGCUAAAUCAACUUCAACCAUGAUGUCAACGCUCUCACAAGGCCAUGGCUUGAAGCCUAAGGAGGUAUCAGCCAUGAGUGACUGUGUAGAGGAGUUGAGUGACGCAUUAGAUGAGCUUAGAAAAUCCAUUGAUGAAAUGAGUAACGCUAAAGAAUCCAACUUUGGGCUGAUGAUUAAUGAUGUACAAACAUGGGUUAGUGCUGCUAUGACUGAUGAGAGUACUUGCGGUGAUGGGUUCGCAGGGAAUGCUAUGAAUGGUAAUUUGAAGACAACUGUCAGGGGAAGGAUUGUGAAUAUAGCUCAGUUGACUAGCAAUGCCUUGGCUUUGAUCAACAACUAUGCUUUACUUCAUGGUUAG